GCGCUCCGAGCUGCGGGGAUCGAGACUGGAGCUGCCCGCGAGGGUUGGCGGCCGGGAGGCUCAGGGCUGGCGCUGGCGCUGCUGGUGCCCUGUGCGCUGGACGGCAGAGAUCCGCGGCAGGACCCCAGAGCCCCGUGUUACUGCCGAUUAGAAUUUGGGAAGAGGAUCGCUCCCGUGCCCACAAAGGACUUGCUCCUCGGAGAAGGCACAGGGAAAGGCUAAGGGAGCGGGAAGAAAAGGUUCCUUUCUGCCUGUUGCGGUCGCCCCGCGGGACGACAGUGCCAUGCUCCUCUCGGUCCUGGUGGCGCUGUGCCUGUGGCUGCGCCUGGCGCUGGGCGUGCGCGGCGCACCCUGCGAGGCGGUGCGCAUCCCCAUGUGCCGACACAUGCCCUGGAACAUCACGAGGAUGCCCAACCACCUGCAUCACAGCACGCAGGAGAACGCCAUCCUGGCCAUUGAGCAGUACGAGGAGCUGGUGGACGUGAACUGCAGCGCCGUGCUGCGCUUCUUCCUCUGUGCCAUGUACGCGCCCAUCUGCACCCUCGAGUUCCUGCACGACCCCAUCAAGCCGUGUAAGUCGGUGUGCCAACGCGCGCGCGACGACUGCGAGCCCCUCAUGAAGAUGUACAACCACAGCUGGCCCGAGAGCCUGGCCUGCGACGACCUGCCUGUCUAUGACCGGGGCGUGUGCAUCUCGCCCGAAGCCAUCGUCACAGACCUCCCGGAGGAUGUUAAGUGGAUAGACAUCACGCCAGACAUGAUGGUGCAGGAAAGGCCUCUCGAUAUGGACUGUAAACGCCUAAGCCCUGAUAGAUGCAAGUGCAAAAAGGUGAAGCCAACUUUGGCAACAUAUCUGAGCAAAAACUAUAGCUAUGUUAUUCAUGCCAAAAUUAAAGCUGUGCAGAGGAGCGGCUGUAAUGAAGUAACGACAGUGGUGGAUGUCAAAGAGAUCUUCAAAUCCUCAUCGCCCAUCCCUCGAACUCAAGUUCCACUCAUUACAAAUUCUUCCUGCCAGUGUCCACACAUCCUUCCCCACCAAGAUGUGCUCAUCAUGUGUUAUGAGUGGCGGUCAAGGAUGAUGCUUCUUGAAAAUUGCCUAGUUGAAAAAUGGAGAGAUCAACUUAGUAAAAGAUCCAUACAGUGGGAAGAAAGGCUGCGGGAACAGCGGAGAACCAUUCAGGACAAGAAGAAAAUGGCCGGGCGCACCAGUCGGAGCGAUCCCCCGAAACCCAAAGGGAAGCCUCCCGCUCCCAAACCCGCCAGCCCCAAGAAGAACCUGAAAGCAAGGAGUGCCCCCAAGAGAACGAACGGGAAAAAAGCAUGAGCUAACACUGACCAAGGGAAACCUCCACUUCCUUGCAGCGUGAGGCCGGGCACUGUCGCCGACGGUCUCCGAAGGCCGCGGGGCCCCUCCUUAGCCGCUCGCGGCCGAGCUCUGCGCAGACGCAUCUUGCAGCAUUUCCCUUAAUGAUACGCUUCAAUUUUUCUUUUUAAGCCACCACGGGCCAUAGUGGCAGGAUUGUCCUUUGGCAGGGAAGUUGUAUUAAAGCUGGUGGGAAAAGCUUACUGAAUUCAGAGUAACCUACGUGCAUA